AUGCCCAAUCACCUGGACACACACGUCCUCACGGUCGACGCAGACCUCAUCCACAAAGUCAACACGGAAAACCCUGCCAACCUCUACACCAUGUGGACCGUCUUCUCCCGCUGCGCAGACUCAGUUGAGCAGGGCCGGAGGCUAGAGAACCUCAGCUGGAGGCUCUGGCAGAAGAAGCAGCUGGCCGACCUUGACGGCAAGACGCCGGCCAUGACCACCACCCUCCAGACCAUCCCGUCCGACUCCAGGCUGCCCGAACUCCCUCAGCUCUCGGGCAGUGUCGACUCCCUUGCCGACGACGAGGCCGUCGAGUUCACCUCGGUCUCUGCACCGCUCGAGAUCGUCCGCCCUAGGAUACACAGGCAAGACUCGUCCACCAGCAGCCGCAGCCGCCGCGACCGCCACACCAGCUCCGACGAGGUCGAGAAGAUGAUCGUCUCCAUCGUCAAGGACAAGGCUCCCCUCUCGGCACCCGCCCCUCCCAAGGCCAAGCUCGCCACCGCUCCGGCCCAGAAGGAGGUGGAGAACGAGACGGAGGCGGUCCCGCCCUGCCAGACCAUCUACCGUUCCGGCUCCACCACGACCGAGUCUCAGUCCUCCAAGACGUCGGACAUGCACUCGGUCAUGUCGCGCGCCUCGCUCGACAUGCAGCAGACGCAGCCGCAGCCGCAGCCGCAGCCGCAGCCGCCGCAGCAGAAGGCUCGCACCCAGGUCGUCCGCGGCUUCUCGCCUCGGCAGGCCCCGGCUCCCCUCCUGAAGACGCCCGAGGUCGAGGUCACGGCUGCCGACGUCGCCUUCCCCGAACCCAGGUCGUCACCCGCCCCCGUCGUGGUGACGCGCACCGGCAAGCAGCCCGCCGCCUUCGCCCUCGGCGGCUCUUACUCGUCCAGCGAGCAGGGCCAGAGCGUCGAGACGCGUCAGCGGGUCGGCCCCACCUCGACGCCGGCUCCCGCCCCCAAGGCCAAGACGGCCGCCUUCAAGCUCGGCGGCUCGAAGUCGUCCGAGGAGGACGCGUCGUCUCUCAAGAGCGCCCUCCACUCGAGCCGCGACGGUGGCCACGACCUGUCGGCGCAGAAGAAGCAGGCCUCGUUCAGCAGCCGCGUCGUGACGCACACGAUGGAGCCCGACUCGGCCAUCGAGUCCGACUCGGAGGGUGACUACAUUGACGAGAGCGCCAUCGACGACGACGACGACGACUCGUCGGACUGGGAGGACUCUCUCGAGGACAGCGGCAAGUCGAGCGUGGACGAGAAGUACUUCCAGCGCGUCGACUCCAAGGCCAACCUGACCUCGCGCCGCUCCCUCAUCACGCUCAUGCUGGCCCAGAACGACGACCGCGCCAAGAAGCUGAGCAGCCACGCGUCGCAGUCGACGUCGGCCCUGCUCCAGGGCAAGGCUGGACCGUCGGCUCCCACCCUGGGCGCGUCGCCCGACGACUCGGACGACGCGCCUCUCAUGAUGAAGGGUGCGCGCCAGCAGCGCGCCCAGCAGCAGCACGGCCUCAAGCCCAUCCGCGAAGGCCGGACCGGCGCGAUGCCGAUGGCGAUGCCGACGCAGGGCCAGGUCUACGGACAGCAGGCGCUGUCCCCGCGCACGACGCGCCGCAACAUGCUCGCCACGGAGCUGACCGAGUCGCUCCGCAGGCACCUCCUGUGGGAGCGGUCGCAGAAGUCGUCGACGGCCAACGCGGUGCUCAAGCGCCGCCACACCUCGCACGACGUGGCCAACCUGAGACAGUAUCCCGAGCGAUCGUGCAUGAAGAAGAGCGAGGACGCCAAUGCCAACAGCAUGAACCAAUUCUUCUCCAAGGAGAGCUUUGAGGGAUACCACGCAAAGGGUUGGUAG